UGUGCUGUUUUGUGCAUGCCUGACCAGACUUAGAAAAGGGUGUGGAUGGGCACUGUUGUAACAUGGGCUGAAAAUUACCCUGCGGGGGAGAUAAAGAGCGCUCUAGGAUCGAAAGAACUGAUGGAGAACAGGAUGCUCACAGAGCCCAUAGUUACCCCCUUGACUGUUUAUCUCCCAGCCUGAAGCUCCUGGCAGAUUCCAUCAGCAGCCGGUUGCCCCAGCAAGGUUGGAGAUGGCAGUUUCCCCCAACCCCUGCCCCUUGGCUUGUCUGCUCACCCUCAUGGUCCUGCAGCUGCCCACACUGGAUUCAGCUCCCUUCGAUGUGACCGCACCUCAGGAGCCAGUGCUGGCCCUAGUGGGCUCAGAUGCGGAGCUGACCUGUCGCUUCUCCCCAAUCGCGAGCUCGGAGCGCAUGGAGCUGCGGUGGUUUCGACAGAUUAGGUCGCCAGCGGUGCUUCUUUACCGGGCUGGCCAGGAGCAGGAGGACCAGCAGAUGGCCGAGUACCGCGGGAGGGCCACGCUGGUGACCGACGGGCUCCCGGACGGCCGCGCUACACUGCGGAUCCGGGGUGUCAGGGUCUCGGACCAGGGCGAGUACCGGUGCUUUUUCAAAGCCAACGACAGCUCCGAGGAGGCCGCUGCGCAUCUCCAAGUGGCUGCUCUGGGCUCCGAUCCUCACAUCACUAUGGGAGUUAAAGAGAAUGGACAGAUCCAACUGAAAUGCACCUCCUCGGGGUGGUUCCCAGAGCCAGAAGUGCAAUGGAGAACUCCCUCAGGAGACAGAAUUCCAGUCACAGCAGAGUCCAGGAAUCGUGAUGAGGAAGGCCUGUUCACUGUGGCAGCCUCUGUGAGCAUCACAGACGGCUCCAUAAAGAACGUGUCCUGCUGCAUCCAGAAUCUCCUUCUUGGCCAGGAGAAGGAAGUAGAGAUCUCUGCACCAGCUCCCUUUGUGCCAAGACUGACUCCUUGGAUAGUAGCUGUGGCUAUCGUCAUACUGGCCCUAGGAUUUCUCACCAUUGCAUCCAUAUUUUUCACUUGGAGACUAUACAAGGAAAGAGCCAGAGAGCGGAAGAGUGAAUUUGGCUCUAAAGAGAGACUUCUGGAAGAACUCAGAUGCAAAAAGACCGCGCUGCAUGAAGUUGACGUGACUCUGGAUCCAGACACAGCCCACCCUCAUCUCUUUCUGUAUGAAGAUUCAAAAUCAGUUCGCUUGGAAGAUUCGCGUCAGAUCCUGCCUGAUAGACCAGAGAGAUUUGACUCCUGGCCCUGUGUGUUAGGUCGAGAGACCUUCACUUCAGGGAGACAUUACUGGGAGGUGGAGGUGGGAGAUAGAACUGACUGGGCCAUUGGUGUGUGUAGGGAGAAUGUGGUGAAGAAAGGGUUUGACCCCAUGACUCCCGAUAACGGGUUCUGGGCUGUGGAGUUAUAUGGAAAUGGGUACUGGGCCCUCACCCCUCUCCGGACCCCUCUCCGCUUAGCAGGACCUCCUCGCCGGGUUGGGGUUUUUCUGGACUAUGAAUCAGGAGACAUUUCCUUCUACAACAUGAGUGACGGAUCGCUUAUCUAUACUUUCCCCAGCACCUCUUUCUCUGGCCCCCUCCGCCCCUUCUUUUGCCUGUGGUCCUGCGGUAAAAAGCCCCUCACCAUCUGUCCAAUUGCCAAUGGGCCUGAGAAAAUCACAGUCAUUGCUGAUGUCCAGGACACCAUUCCCCUGUCCCCACUAGGGGAAGGUCCUGCUUCUGGAGAAACAGAUACUCUCCAUUCUAAACUGAUACCUUUCUCACCUAGCCAAGUGGCACCUUAAUGGCUAUUCCAGCUCCACAAUUUCCUUUCCUUUGACUACUCCCUCACACUCUGAAGCUUCAGUUGCCGGUUUCCUGGAGUCCCAUUUCUUCCUGGAGUCCCGUUUCUUCCUGGGGGGCGGUGAUUAGUUCACCCGGGGAAGGUGUUGCUGCUAGCAAAGGCAGGGAGAAAGGCUUUCCUAACGUGUUUCUGCACCAAUACUAGGGAGAUUGAGAGGUGAUUCCUAAACUAUUUCUAGUGCCCAUAUCCCUUCAGAUCAGAGCCUACAUAGGAGGACUUGGCAAA